AAAAUUUAAUUACGUUGCAUUUCAACCUACGAAUUACUUGGUGGUGUAACGAUGAAUUUCAUAUGAAACCAUACAAAAAUAUUAAAUUUUGAAGGUUCUUAGCAUUCUUCCUGUUGGUUGAAAUUGUGAUGGCUUUGUAGCUGUCAGAGCAUUAAAUUAAUACAUUUCUAUAAGAAGGCAAGUAGAAACUAUAAAAACAAAAAAAUGUAAGCACCUCACACCAAAAUGAAUCCUCCAUUGCCAUUCAGAGAGAUAAUUAAAACAAUUGCAUCCGAUCCUGAAAGAGGUGACGUUCCAGAGUAUGACUAUGUAUAUCCUGACCCUGAUGAGCUGCCACAUACUUAUCAACCGUUAACUGACGUUAUUAAAGGAAUAGUAAAUGAGAAUAAGCAAAGUCUUCACGAUUACGAUGAUAGUGCAACAACACCAAAUUAUCUACCAAGAGGAACCGUAACAGAUCUCUUUACUACCACGACCAGACCAACCGAAGAUGACCAAGCUGUGGAUUGGAGUACCACGCAGAGAAACGUGACAAACCUUCUUACUACCACGACCAGGCCAAGCGAAGAUGAUCAAGCUGUGGAUUGGAGUACCACGCAGAGAAAUGUGACAGAUCUCUUUACUACCACGACCAGGCCAACCGAAGAUGACCAAGCUGUGGAUUGGAAUACCACGCAGAGAAACGUGACAGAUCUCUUUACUACCACGACCAUGCCAACCGAAGAUGACCAAGCUGUGGAUUGGAAUACCACGCAGAGAAACGUGACAGAUCUCUUUACUACCACGAUCAGACCAAGCGAAGAUGACCAAACACCUUUUGAUUGGAAUUUUACUUUUUCCAUCACAAUAGCUCUGUUUCUGCUUCUCUGUUUGGCGUUACCGUGCGGCUUGUUUUGUAUCAAAAGAAAAAUUAAACGAAAACGAUCACGUAGCUCCAAGUCUAAGCGAACCAAAGAAAAUCAAUCAUCUAAAAAUGAAUCAAAAGAUGAGUCAGGAAAUGAUCACGAGCCCUUAACAGCUAAUGUUGAGCAAUCAGAGUCGCAUAGCAGUACCAAUCGGCCAAGUGUCAGAUUCGCACUCGAGAACGAAAACACAGUGAUAUCUCCGUAA